GGCUCACUUCCAUCUUUCAACAGGGCCAUUCAACCAAUAAACGCAAAGAUAUAAUCAGCAUGGGUCGCGAAGAUCAGAUAGAAGAGCGUGAAGUGCUCGAGUCCAUCUUUCCCGAAGAGAUCACAGACAUCUCAGAGACAGAAUACAAAGUCACCGUGACGCUAGACAUACCCGACGAGGAAGAAGAAGACCAGCCCAAAUUCGCCCUCAAUGUCAAGUACCCAGCAGACUAUCCCGAUGUGGCCCCUGACCUCGAGAUUCACACCGUGCCAAAUGCACCCUCGCAUCCAGACUUCAACGUCGGCGAGGACAGGGAGCAAUUACUAGCAGGCUUGGACGAGACAAUCCAGGAGAACAUGGGUAUGGCCAUGAUCUUCACGAUUGUAUCUGCCUUGAAGGAGUCUGCGGAGCAACUUGUCAUUGACAGGAAGGGUGCGGCGGAGGCGGAGAGAGAAGAGGCAGCUCUCGCCGCGGAGAGGGAGGAGAACAAAAAGUUCGAAGGCACCAAAGUCACGCCGGAGACAUUCCUCAAAUGGAGAGCUGGGUUCCUGAAGGAGAUGGAAGAGAAGCGCAUUCAGGAAGAGGAGGAAAGGUUGGCCGAAUUGAAGAAGGCCAAGGUGAAGGAGCCCAUCAAGCUGACGGGGCGACAGCUCUGGGAGCAGGGUUUGGCGGGCAAGGUGGACGACGGAGACGACGACGAGGAAGAGGAUGGUGUGCCGCCUACAGAGCAGAUGCAAAAGGUAAACAUAGAAGCGUAACAAGGAAGGUCAGAGUCUUGCAUUGCCUGGAGUUGGGGGUACGUAGUCGUUUGGAUCGAAUAUCACGUUAUUGCCCAGGACCGCCACAUAGUCGGCAUAACUGUUGCACAAUAUCGCG